AUGUCUGACAUCAAGACAGUCAUUCCCCCAGGGUCCCGUGUACUUGUCACUGGUGUCAACGGCUAUGUGGCCUCGCAUGUUGCCAAGCAGCUUUUGGCACGCGGCUUCAAGGUACGAGGUACGGUCAGGGACCUUGAACGAACAUCCUGGCUCGUCAAAGAUGUUUUCAAAACCUACGCCAACAACGACGAUUUUGAGCUUGUCACCAUCAAAGACUUCACAGCCGAGGGUGUUUACAACAGCGCCAUAAAGGGGGUGUCCGCAAUAGCCCAUGUGGCGUCUGUCGUCACCUUCGACCCGGAUCCAACUACUGUUGUACCUCAGACGGUUGAUGCGGCCACCCGCAUAAUGGAAGCAGCAUUGAAAGAGCCGUCGGUGAAGGCUGUUAUCUAUACCAGUUCCAUUGUGGCCACUACUAUGCCCAUGCCCGGGAACACUACACACGUGGAUCGCAAUACAUGGAAUGAGACUGCUGUGCAACUGGCCUGGGCUCCGCCACCGCACGAUGCCAAGCAAGGCAGCAUUGUCUACAUGGCAAGCAAAGUCGAGGCAGAGAAAGCUGUGUGGAAGUUUGUCGAGGAGAAGAACCCGCAUUUCAGGGUCAACUCGGUCUGUCCGGCGAUGAUCAUGGGCGAGGCGCUCAGUGACAGUCAUCUUCAGUCUGAGGGAUCCUGGAUUAAGCAACUUUGGGACGGUAACGUAUCCACGCUAGCUGGUUUUCCUGCGACAUAUCACAUCGACGUGAAGGAUGUCGCUUUAUUGCAUGUCGCUGCUAUCCUAGAUCCGGACAUCAACAACGAACGUCUUCAGGCCUGGGCAGAAAACUGCAACUGGAACGAUAUUCUCGCCAUCAUGCGCAAGAUGUACCCACAGCGUCAGUUCGUAGACGAUCUCCCAGGCAUGGUGAAGCUUAGCAUCACGGCAGACUUCACGUUGCCGUUGGCCUUGUUGAAGAAGUGGGGGGACCAAAUUGGCUGGAGGACCUUGGAACAGACUGUUGAAGACAAUGUGAAAUCAAUCCAGGAACGAGAGUCGAGGACCUAG